AUGCGGCUCUGCGUUGCUGGUGCCCGAGGUGCCUCUGCCCUCCGAGCCUUUCGGAGACCUGCGGUCCAAACUGCUUUCUGGACGGGGCGCCGCCAUGUGGCAGAUGCCGUUGAGCGCAUGGGCACCUGUGCCGAACUCGGCUGUGGUCCGAAUGCCUUGUCGGGUCACUCCAAGUCUGGCGACGUCCUCGGACUCACGAACGAGAAACAGGCUCUCACUGGCAACAUUGAGCCGCCCAUCACCGUGAAGGGCGACGAGUUCUCCACGCAUGGGUUUACGCCUAGUGCAGUUGCAGUUGCUUAA